AUGAGCGCAGGCGAAACUGAUGCGUUGAAUCUGUUCCGGACGAGUCUGGCGGCCUCGUCAUCACCCUUGCCGACACGCAGCGCCGACGCCUCGUCAGCCAGCGACAUUGCGCCUUUGACCGAAGCAUCGCACCUGCUCUUCAACACACAAUCCGCUGCCGAUGGCGUACAACACACUGCGCUUUCAUUGAAAACAGCAACGAGAUUCGUCUCGCAAACCAAUGGCGCCCUCGACUUGGCCAGUAUCUUUUGGUGUUGGCAGAACAAGGACAAGAGCACUGGAGACUAUAUUGCUGCAACUCAGGAGCUCAACACGGCGCGUUCAUCAAAUGGCCUCGGCGAAGUGCGCAAUCUGGUCUUUGCAGAGAAGCUUGACCUCAUCAAUUGGCUGUCUGGCGAAAACGACAGCGAGUUUAUCAAAAGUCUAGACGACAACCGUCAGACGCGUGCCCAGGCACACGAUGCCGCAAAGAUGGCUAGCGGAGAUGGCGACGUGGUCAUGCAAGAUGCGAGGGCCGAGGAUGAUAAGCUACGCGACAUUUACGCUCUGGAGCGCAAGACGGGCGAUCGCAACUCGAUUCUCAGAGGCAGCAAGCCUACCUAUGCCGAAGCUUUCUUGGGCCGUUCCAAGGCCUCUGCUCCCACUCCCGCCCUCAUUACGCCAGCUCCUGCCAUUCGUCCUGCAAAGCCUUCUAGUGGCCGCCGUCCCGAGCCUAUCAUUCUCCUCUCUCCUUCAGCAUCGUCACUCCUCCGCCUAGCCAACGUCAAGUCUUUCCUCAUGGACGGCGUCUACACACCUCCUACCUCCACCACCUCGACCACUCUCAACAUCCUUCACGUCAACCGUGUCAUGCCAUCCAUCGAACCCACCCGCCCUCUGCGUUUCAUCCUCGUCGAGUCGCCUGAUAACUUCAAGCCCGACUACUGGAAUCGCGUUGUAGCCGUCUUUACGACUGGUCAAGCCUGGCAAUUCAAGGGUUACAAGUGGAGUCAACCCGCCGAGCUUUUCAGCCAUGCUCUGGGUGUCUAUGUCGGCUGGCGCAACGAGCUUCUACCCGACACAAUCAAGGGCUGGGGUAGAGGUGUGCUGAAUGUCGGCAUUGACGCAUACCGUGAGGGUCAGACCGCUCAACAGAGAUGGAGAGACCGUGAAACUGUCGAGGAGAUUUGGAGUGCUAUCGAGGCUUCUAUGAGAGCUCGUGGCUUCAACAGAGAGACAAGGUAG